UUCUGGCCGGGUGCAGUGGGGCAGCGCUCUGGCGCGUGACACGCGCACCCACGGCGGCGACUCGUGCGUGGCGCACGCGCCACUUUAACGGACGCCUCGUCGCCGGCUCCAACCAGUGGACGGACGGACGGGCGCGGACGUACGCGUACGCGCUUGCGCUCGUUCGAUCGCUCGCGCGCCAGAAGGAGGAGGAGGUGGCAGGAGAAGAAAGUUGGCUGGAACGGGGGAAGCGCGGAUAUCAUUUUUUUUUCUUCCCCCCCCUCUGUUUGGCUCUUCCUUCUCCGGCACCGCGAGGCGGGCUGUUCGAGGCUGUGGCCGGGAGCGCGGAGCCGCCGCCGCCGCAGCCGCCGUUCACGCGCGCACACCCCCAGGGACGCCGCCCCGCUCGCAGCCCCCUGCGCGUCCCCUCCUCUUCUAGCGCCGAUCGCCGUCAGCCUGAAGCGGGGAGACAUGCCUGCGGGACGAGGGCAGCGGGAAACGUGCAAGUCGGCGGCUCCCAGGCCGGACGAGGCAGCGCAAGUUUGAGGCCGGCCGAGGAAGAGGGGAAGAGGGGGAGGGGCAGGAGGGCAUGUCGGCUGCGCUGUAGGAUCGCGCUGCCCGUUCUCGGCAGGGGCCCGUUCGCAGCAGCGCUCUCGCGCGCCUCGUGCUUCGGUAGCCGCUCAACGUCCCCACCAACCCCCACCGCCCCCCACCAACCAAACCACCCACUCGCUGUCAUCGCGCUGCGUCCGCGGGGAUGAAUCCGGCCAGAGGUUGAGCGCUUCUCCCCAGGAUGGACUGCCUGUGUAUUGUCACAACCAAGAACAGGCCGGCUGCGGUGCAGGGACCCCCGCACACCGCCCAGCCCCCGCCGACAUGUAUGAACCCAGCCCUGAUGAGCGCACCUUGGCAGUACCGGUAUCAGGAUGAAGACUCGCCUCCUCAGGAUCACGGCUUCCCCCGGCUGACCAAUGAGGUGCGAGCCCCGGAGCUGGUGCACGUGUCUGAGAAGAACCUGUCGGAGAUCGAGAACGUGCACGGCUAUGUGUCCCACUCGCACAUCUCCCCCCUCAAGGCAAGUCCUGCACCGAUAAUAGUGAACACUGAGACGCUGGAAACAGUACCUUAUGUCAAUGGGACAGAAAUUGAGUAUGAGUUUGAAGAAAUUACGCUGGAGCGGGGUAACUCAGGGUUGGGGUUCAGCAUUGCAGGUGGGACAGACAACCCUCACAUCGGGGAUGAUCCGGGGAUCUUCAUUACCAAGAUCAUCCCAGGCGGCGCGGCCGCUGAAGAUGGCCGACUCAGAGUCAAUGACUGCAUCCUGCGGGUGAACGAUGCCGACGUCUCCGAGGUGUCACACAGCAAGGCCGUGGAGGCACUCAAGGUGGCCGGCUCGAUCGUGCGGCUCUACGUUCGCCGGCGACGGCCCAUGCUGGAAACCGUCAUUGAGAUCAAACUCAUCAAAGGACCAAAAGGGCUGGGCUUCAGCAUCGCUGGUGGUGUGGGGAACCAGCACAUCCCUGGAGACAACAGCAUCUACGUCACGAAGAUCAUCGAUGGCGGGGCGGCUCAGAAGGACGGGAGGCUGCAGGUCGGAGACCGACUGCUAAUGGUGAACAACUACACUCUUGAAGAAGUGACUCAUGAAGAAGCAGUAGCCAUACUGAAGAACACGUCCGAUGUUGUGUAUCUGAAGGUGGGGAAACCCACCAGUGUUUACUUGACUGAUCCCUAUGGGCCUCCAGAUAUCACGCACUCCUUUUCUCCAGCCAUGGAAAAUCAUAUCUCUUCCCCGGGCAACAACGGCACCCUGGACUACAAGUCUAGUCUUCCCCCUAUCUCCCCAGGAAGGUACUCCCCCAUUCCAAAACACAUACUCGGGGAGGAGGACAUUAACAGGUUGGAUGGUUUUUCCUUCUUACGAAAUGCCUCUUUAGAUGACGGGGAAGGUCACAGGUUUGAUUCCCAGCACUUCCAGUUGAGGCCUCCAGAGCCAGUUUACAGCACUGUGAACAAACUGUGUGACAGAGCACCCUCCCCCCGCCACUACUCCCCUGUGGAGUGCGACAAAAGCCUCCUGCACUCCAUCCCCUUCCCCCACUAUCACAUAGGCCUGCUCCCCGACUCCGAGAUCACCAGGGACCCGCGCCGCAUCGUCCUGCACAAGGGCUCCACCGGGCUGGGCUUCAACAUCGUCGGUGGGGAGGAUGGCGAGGGCAUCUUUGUCUCCUUCAUCCUGGCAGGCGGGCCCGCCGACCUCAGUGGCGAGCUGCGACGUGGAGACCAGAUCCUCUCUGUGAAUGGCAUUGACCUACGAGGCGCCACUCAUGAGCAGGCAGCUGCAGCUCUCAAAGGGGCAGGCCAAACAGUCACCAUCAUCGCCCAGUACCGACCGGAGGAGUACGCACGCUUUGAGGCCAAGAUUCAUGACCUGCGUGAGCAGAUGAUGAACCACAGCAUGAGCUCCGGGUCAGGCUCCCUGCGAACCAAUCAGAAGCGCUCGCUUUAUGUCAGGGCUCUUUUUGACUAUGACAAGAGCAAGGACAGCGGACUCCCCAGCCAGGGCCUCAGCUUCCGUUAUGGAGACAUCCUCCAUGUCAUCAACGCCUCGGAUGACGAGUGGUGGCAGGCCCGUAGGGUCACCCUGGAUGGGGACAGUGAGGAGAUGGGCGUCAUCCCGAGCAAGAGGAGGGUGGAAAGGAAGGAGCGAGCACGUCUGAAGACGGUCAAGUUCAAUGCCAAGCCGGGCACUAUUGAUUCUAAGGGGUCAUUCAAUGACAAGCGUAAAAAGAACUUCAUCUUUUCACGAAAGUUCCCAUUCUACAAGAACAAGGAGCUGGGUGAGCAGGAUGCCAGUGACUCGGAAAGAAGUCAAGAGGACCUGAUUCUUUCCUAUGAGCCUGUCAUUCGACAAGAGAUUACUUAUGCCAGACCGGUGAUCAUCCUCGGACCAAUGAAGGACAGAAUAAAUGAUGAUCUGAUAUCGGAGUUUCCAGACAAGUUUGGGUCAUGCGUGCCACACACCACAAGGCCAAAGCGGGAGUACGAAGUGGAUGGCCGGGACUAUCACUUUGUCAUCUCCAGGGAGCAGAUGGAGAAGGACAUCCAGGAGCACAAGUUCAUUGAGGCGGGGCAGUACAACGACAAUCUGUACGGAACGAGUGUGCAGUCGGUGAAGUACGUGGCGGAGCGGGGAAAACACUGUAUACUGGAUGUGUCGGGCAACGCCAUUAAGCGAUUACAAGUAGCACAACUCUUCCCCAUUGCCAUCUUUAUAAAGCCCAAAUCCAUUGAGUCACUGAUGGAGAUGAACAAGAGGCUAACGGAAGAGCAGGCCAAGAAGACGUAUGACCGGGCCAUGAAGCUCGAGCAGGAGUUUGGAGAAUAUUUCACAGCUUUGGUUCAAGGAGACACCUUAGAGGACAUUUAUAACCAAUGCAAGCUUGUGAUAGAGGAGCAGUCGGGACCCUAUAUCUGGAUUCCCUCAAAAGAGAAAUUAUAAAGGAGAACACAGCCCAUGCACGGGAUCUGGGACUGCAAAUGUAGGACAUUUGUAACAUAUAAAUUAUUAUGGCAAUGGUUAAUAUUAAUAGUUAAAAUUAUUAUGAUUAACUUUUCUUUGGUUAUUGUUAAUUUUUUUUUGUUUUGUUUUGGUUUGUUUCUGUUUUUCACUUUCAAUAUGAAUGUUCCUGAAUGUAUACCACCAAGUGUUAGAAACAUUUUUGGCCUCACAAAAAAAAAAAAAACUGUUUUGUUUAUAUAUUUAUUGAUUACUUUUGAUUUCGACUCAAAAAAAAAAAAAAAUGAACACAGGACGUUUGUCUAUCAAAUUGCGAACUUCACAAGGAAUGGUAGGUGAGAAGAUAGAGCCAACUCUGCAAACCAUCUCCACAGCGACUCGUAGAGGAAGAUGAUAUCCACUUCUCUCGCUUUCCCACCAUCUCGCACUCAGCAGUGUCCUGAAAACCUCAUUUCACACUAGCAGUUGAAACCCAUUGUGACUUUUGCAUUAAGGCACUCUUUAUGGCUCCUGGACAACAGUUCAUUUGCUCCAUUUCCUCUUUUGUUUUCUAAUUUAUUUGACGAUUUCUUCAGUCACUUUUCUCUGAUAUAGUUCUAGGAUAAUUUAUAGUUUGAAUUUGUUCAUGUUUUUAGUGGAUUCUUUAAAAAAAAAAAAAAA